AAGUCAGAAGUCGCAUUCUCUUCAGAGUAGUGUUCAGAGCACACGGUUUUUUUGACAUGAGAAAGUCACUGAGUGUGUCGUCCGAAUCCUCCCUGCCCUCUGUGGAGGAUGACUGGGACUCGGUGUGCUCCGACGAGCUGCUAGGCUCUCAGUCCCGCAGCUGGCUAGCGGAACUCCUGACGGGGGACCUGCCCGCUGAGAACGGGGACGUGAAGAACGUUGGCCGGGACGGGCUGUUCGUGGACUAUCACUUCCCCCUGGGAGAGCUGGAGCUGCAGUCCGGGGUCAAGUGGAAACGACCAGGGGAGAUCUGUGCGUCUCCUCAGUUCAUCGUGAACGGAGCGACGCGCCUGGACGUCCGCCAGGGCAAACUCAAUGACUGCUGGUUACUGUCUGCCAUCGCCUCUCUCUCCAUCAAUCGCUCCCUGCUCAAAAAGGUCAUGCCUCUAAAUCAGAGCUUCCAAGAAGGAUACAGCGGCUGCUUCACCUUCAAGUUCUGGCAGUACGGUCAGUGGGAGGAGGUGAAGAUAGACGACCUGUUGCCAACUCACGACAACAAUCUGAUCUACCUCAACUCUCCAGAGAGACACGAGUUCUGGAGCUCCCUGCUGGAGAAGGCCUAUGCCAAGAUGAAAGGGGGCUACAGAGCUCUGGACAUGGGCUUCCCUCAUGAGGCAAUGGUGGACAUGACUGGGGGGGUGACUGAGGUUAUAAACGUUUCCCGUCUGACCAAAGAUCCCCCGGCCUUCCUCAGACAACUGAUGGCUAAAGGAGCCCUGAUCAACUGCGCCAACUGCCAGGGUCCUUUGGAGCAGAAGAAUGAACUAGGCAUCAUGUUCAGACAUGCCUACUCUCUGACGGCCGUGGAGAAGGUGAAGACAGCACACGGCACAGUAGAUUUAGUAAGAAUCCUCAACCCCUGGGGCAACACAGAGUGGGAGGGGCCCUGGAGUGACAUGCAAGGUUCUGAGUGGAAAUCAGUGAGCGUGGAGGAGCAGAGGAGACUGCAAAGAGUCAGACGGGAGGACGGGGAGUUCUGGAUGUUGGUGUCGGACUUCCAGCAGAACUUUGAGACGAUGGAGGUGUGUCACCUGACUGAACCUAUGGAUGAACAGGGGUCCAAUGUGCUGCCAUGGUGCUGCAUAAUGCAUCAUGGGAACUGGGUGCCUUACAUCUCAGCAGGGGGCUCUGCCCAAGAAGUUUCCUUCUGGCAGAACCCUCAGUUCUACUUCACCUUAUCGGAGGUGGACAUGAGCACAGACAGCUCUCAGAAAACAUGUUCCUUCGUGUUGGCUCUGAUGCAGAAACACCAGAGACGAACGGGCGUUAACCUGGCUAUAGCCCUGCAUAUAUAUCUGGCUCAUCCUAAAAACACAUAUCUGUCGCCAGAGGACUUGAGUGCCCAGCGCCCAGUCCUCUGCAGCCCCAGCUACUCCUGCCGGAGGGAGGUUGUCCUCCGAGGCACCCUUCCCCCAGGUCGCUACAUCAUCAUCCCCUCAACACACAAGGCCAACCAGCAGGGAGCGUUCCUGCUACGGGUGCUAAUGGAGAAGGGCAACGCUGCCACUCCAUCCCACAGACCACCACAGGACAUCUCUCAACCAACAGAGAAUUCAUAUCCUCACCUGGCAGCUCUUCCUUCACCUGAAGCUACAAAACUACUGUUCAAGAAGCACUGCAACACGAAACACAUUUGCAAACCUGUGCACCUCUACAGGCUGCUGACGGAGGCCAUACAGGGAGGAGUGCUGGCCGGCAGUGAGAAGUACCUGGCUCUGGAACACUGCAAGAGCCUGGUGGUCCUCACGGAUAUUCAAGGCAACGCUCAGAUGGACUGGUCAGAGUUCAAGAUUCUGUGGGACAAAAUCAGGAGGUGGACGGAUAUCUUCCUGGUGUUUGACAAGAACAAGACCAAUCGUCUGGAGUAUCGGGAGGUGGGCCCCGCUCUGAACGCAGCAGGCAUCAUGGUGGACGAGCUGAUCAUGCAGCUGGUUGGACUGAGGUACACGGAGCCCGACAUGACCAUCAGCUACCCCGGAUUCCUGUACCUGCUAAUGAAACUGGAGACCAUGAUCCACAAAUUCCAGGGGUACGACAGGGUGGGGAUGGGCAACAUAACGAUCAGCUACAGACAGUGGCUCCACAUGACCAUGUACAACUGAGCUGCUCCAAUCGGACGCAACCAUCAGGGAUCACUUUGUGAAAUAUCAUUCUCUUCUUCUUUCUUCUUUUACUAAAAAUGGUCGCAUGCAUUAAAGUAGAUGUUACGAGAUCCCAGUAUAGAUUCAACUUGGGAGGAAGUGUUUGUAUACAAAAGUAGAAUGAUUUAUAUAUAGUGGUGUGCAUUACGCUUUAGAAAAGGGUUAUGGUUAAAAUGAAGGUUGAAUGUUUUCGCUCUGCUCCUGCAUGAAUGUUUAUUUACUGUAAUUAUGGGAUUAAUGACCCGCCUGGAAAGGACCCCAAUGAGAACAUGGCGUGAGAUUAAAGUGUUUUUAUUUUGUAGUCGGUUAAGUAAUAUUUCCAUGAAUAAAAUACCUUAGUUGACUUUAGAUUGGUGGGAAAAGUGCCUGACAGUGUGUGAGAAAUCUAUGAAGUCACUAUAAUAAAUGUACAGGUCAGUUCAGCGAUAGAAAUAUGUAGCAAACUAAGCCUUCAUUGGCGUGUCCGUGAAUUUCCAACUACACUCCAAGACGAUAUUUUAACACCUGUACCCAACAGAUCUAUACUAGAGAACCAAAGAUUGUACAUUUAUUGAUUUGCCAUAUUGCAGGCAAAAGGAGUGCUAAGACUUCAGCAGCUUAGUUGGAUGGAGAAUAGGGAGUUGUGUUUGUAAUAUAUAUUGCAUAACAAUGCUGAUGAUUGAAUACUGAAAGUCCAUAAUGAAAUUGUUAAUAAAACAGUAUUAUUAUUGUU